CUUUGGUGUUUGGGCUAUGCACACGACGUAUUUGAAGGAGAUUGUCAAGUUUUGGUUCAAUUUCUCUGAAAAAAUGAAACUGAUAUUACCAUUUUCAACCUUCUUGAUGACAUUAAAUUUUGCCAUCGCACCAGACAUUUCAAACACUCUGACUCAAGUGGACAAUCAGACAAUAGACACAUAUAUGAUGGACACUGAUCGGGUGGACACUCAUCAGAUGGACACUCACAUGGUAGUCACUCAUCAGAUGGACACUCACCAGAUGGACACUCGACAGAUGGACAUGGCUCAGACCAUCGCACAAAGGCCAACGCAACAUGCUCACAGUUAAAAAUAUUUUAUCAUCUUCCAAAGACAGAAGCUGCAGUUAAAAAUAACUGUUUUACCUUCUCAUUAAGGGCAAAUCGGUCACGGAGGGGUACAAAUAAAGUUGGAAAGUGCCUCAGAAGCAAAUUUGUGUCUAAAAUGAUAGAAAACACACUAAAAGUGUGUGUGGAUGUAAACGACUCAAUAAAAACAAAAUUUUUAAAAAGAGAAUAACUCUGAUUGGUAAUGUCAACAAGGCACAGACUGAUGUUGCUGAAUGGUUACAAGCCUCUACAUCAACUUCCUCAUCUUCCCAAACUUCCCAUAUGAGGUCUAUCAAAUAUUCUUGGCAAUGCCCAAAUCUGGGUCUUUUCAGAUGUAACUAUGACACGGUUUUUAAUCCGAUCACUCAACAAAGUUUUGCUAGCUGGAUAA